AUGUACGGCGAACUCGGAAACAAACUAGUUCAACACGCCAAGCGCACCCAAUCCCUCGCCCACCUCCCACCCUAUCAAACCGAACUGGUCCGAACCGUCGCUCGAGAAGUCCGCGACCUCGACCGUGACCUAGCCCACCUCCUUGCUCCCUUCGAAGGCAGCUUCAAUCCAUCCCAGGAGCCCGCUGUCGCCUGCGCCCUUCUCGUCGACCACCUCUGCAUCCGGCGCAACAAGCGCUGUCUCCUCGCCUACCACCGUGUGCGCACAGAGAAACUCGAGGAACUGUGUUGGACGGGUAUCGAUGUCCUUGAACAGCAGCUACCGUCCGCGGAGCAGAUAGGAGGGGCAGGGGGGUCGAUGAGCUCGCAGAAUGGAAAUCAUAGUUCGCUGAGUCCCGAGGAGGAGGAGUAUUUUCGACAGUAUAGUGAUAUGCUCGCUACGUAUAAGGGACAAUGGACGGAUAUUGAUCUUACGGGGAGUUUGGAGCCGCCCAAGGAUUUAUUCAUUGACGUGAGGGUUUUGAGGGAUGCGGGGGAGAUUCAGACGGAAUAUGGGGUCAUUAAUUUGACGAAGAAUAGUCAACUCUAUGUACGCCAAGGGGAUGUGGAGCGAUUGAUUGCUCAGGGAUUCCUAGAGCGAUUAAGUUGAGGCGGUGGGAUGUUGCGGUGCUUAUCAAGUUAUGAUGAUGUGAUAUUGUGAUACCCAAUUUGUACCUGAUUGAAGUUAUUAUUGAAGCCACAAGACGUUGUACGAGAGAAUUACUUAGAGCAAUGACUCUAAAGUAUAGAGAAACCUGCGGGUUUCCAUGACUAACUAGUGCCUGACCAUUAGUUAGUUAGUUAGCUGCGUGCUGGUGCUGGAGGUCCAUGCAGGGGAAAAAAAAAAUGCAACGGCGACGUUAUUUCUGGGGCUCUUCUCGGAGAUCAUCCGCUACUAUAGAUACCUCCUUACUCUUUUCCGAGACACCCUCAUUUAAUAACAAAAGAAAGAAAG